AUGAUAAGCGUUCUUCAAACGGAGAUCAUGAUCGACAUUACCCGGCUGUACUUCUGGACCGAUUCGAAGAUCUGUUUGUGUUGGUUGAAGUCGGAUCAGAAGCUGACGGCCUAUGUCGGCGCUCGCGUAAUGAAGAUUAAGGAGAAUGGUCACGGAGUGCAGUUCUGGCACUGGGUUCCGUCGCAGCUCAACGUGGCGGAUUUGGCAACGAAGUGCUCGAAGAUUGGCAGCAUGCAGGAAUGGCUGCGUGGCCCAGACUUCCUCUACCGGGAUAGCUCUACCUGGCCGGUCGACGAACCGUUGGAAAUGUCCUCCGCAGAGUUCGCGAGCUUCCACUCCGAAAUAGCUGUCAAAGAUGUUGCCGGACCGCUGUGCUGUGCGGCGUUCAAAGAAAAGUUGAUCGAUCUACCCGACAUUUCCAGGUUCUCGGAUUUCAACCGGCUGAUCAGGUCAACUGCGUACUACCUGAAAAUGAGAAAACUGUUAGUUUUGCCAAAACGAGAAAAGCCUGAUCGGUUGACGAUCAAUGUUCGUGACAUGGAUGAAGCAAGAAAAGCGUGGUACAGGAAGGUACAAUCGGAGACCUUCGAAUCCGAGCUGCGUAGCUUGAAGACGUCAGGUUAUGUGAAGAGUAGCAGUCGCCUUAAAACUUUUUCGCCGUUUCUCCAUGAGGGAAUCAUCCGGAUGCGCGGUCGCGUCCAAAACGAUAGCAAGCCGUUCGAAGUGAACAAUCCAGUGAUUCUGCCAGACGGACACCCGUUCUGUACACUGCUGAUCCGGAUGUACCACAUAGCCAACGCACAUCAAGGUCUGGAAACCGUCAUCAAUAAUGUAAAGGAACGCUACCGUAUUCUGAAGAUCCGCUCGCAGGUGAAGAAGUACACGAUGUCAUGUGUGAAGUGCCGAGAACUGCGAGCCAAGCCAACCGUUCCACAGAUGGGAAAUCUGCCGCCGGAGCGGACUACCCCGUUCGUAUAUUCUUUCACCUGUACUGGCAUCGACUACUUUGGCCCGCUAUUUGUGAAAGUCGGCCGGCGUGUUGAGAAAAGGUGGGUUGUUUUGUUCACCUGCAUGACGUCAAGAGCGAUACAUUUGGAGGUAGUGCCAUCGCUCGAUACAAACAGCUGCAUAAUGGCAAUACGCUGUUUCAUGGCUAUCCGUGGACUGCCGCAGUGCAUCAUGACCGACAAUGGGACGAACUUUACCGGUGCCGAUCAAGAACUGAAAUCACUCGUGAAGUCACUGGACCAGCCGCAGAUCGAGGAGACGCUGAGCGUAAGAGGUGUGCUGUGGAAGUUUAUACCACCUGGUGCUCCACACUUUGGAGGGUGCUGGGAGCGAUUGGUCCGUUCCGUUAAAGCGGCACUUGGUGCGAUGCUACGGGACCGACACCCUACCGACUUGGUGCUACGGACAGCGUUGUGUGAGGCGAUGAACACCGUCAACAACCGACCAUUGACGCACGUUGCAGAUGAUCCCCAGGAUCCAGAACCGUUAACACCCAACAUGCUGUUGCUCGGACGGAACAACGUGAUCCAAUUCGACCACGAUUUCGAUGAACGAGACCUGGAUUGUCGUGCCGCCUACAAACAUUCACAGGUCUAUGCGGAUCGUUUCUGGCGCAGGUGGGUAGCAGCUUAUCGUCCGGAACUGAUUCGGAGUCGCAAAUGGCCGGAUAACAGGAAGUACCAUGAGUACAGAGUUGGCGACUUGGUGAUGAUUGUGGACGAACAUUUGCAUCGAGGUAGCUGGCCAAAGGGUAUAGUAGAGAAGGUCUACCGUGGUCCGGAUGACAAAAUAAGGACGGUGCGGAUACGAACGUCGAAAUCAACGUACAAGAGGCCGGUCACUAAAAUAGUAUUGCUGCAACCCAUCAGCUCGCUUUCUGGCCCGGAGAAUGUUGCGAACAUUAGACGCGACACAAACAUUUUUGCUCGGGCACUGCCGACCCCCGUCGUCGGCCCAACCGUCGCGACUACGCGAACGGGUUGCCUUAGCAACUAA